AAGUAGUGUGAUGUUCGUUUGAUACAACGUUAAAUACUUUAUAAGGAUGCUGCACUCAAGCCGGACGACCGAGGCACAGCUAACAUUUGCAGGUUAGCAAGCAUCGCCCUACCCGCCAGCGUCAUAUUCUGAAAUCGCUGAAUGACUUUGUGUUCUAAGUAGGGUUUCCUGACUUUGCCUUGAUGAGAUGGAUGACGAGCUGGAGAACUUCAUCAGGGAGCGGAAAGCGCGGAUGGCCCAGGACCGAGCCAGUUUGGAACACGACCCUCCGUACAUGGAAAUAAAGGCUAAACCUCACAGAGCCUACGAGUCCAUUGCUAAGGAGAACAUCCAUCCCAGGUCUACAGCACAAAAGAAAGAGGAGAGUUACACUGCGGUACUGCCACUCGGUGUCGAGUAUGAGCGGAAGAAACAAAGGCUGCAGCAUGAGCUCUGCAUGGACUACAGACGCUACAUGACUCAGAAGAAGCACUUUGGCCCUGCGGAACCUGGACCUUUAAUUCACCUCAAUAACAGGAGAUCCAUCCAGCAACACCUUGACAGCCAGGCAGAUGCUCCUUCCAGACAGCGACCUCCCUCCCGAAGAGAUGUGGCCACUCUCACAGAGGACACCAGGGGAUCGCACACGCCUUCGCCCCUCAGAGCUGACAUCCUGACCCUUGGCCCUGAGGCGGACGGGGAUCAGAAGUCAGUACCUCUGAGGCACUGUGACCGGCUGGGGAAGCCUUUGGACCGGGACUCUGAGGAGGAGGAGGAGUACUUCAAGGAGCUGGAGCUGGUGGAUAGAAGAAGGCGAAGGCAUAUCGGGGUCGAGGCCAGUUAUGAGAACAGACCAUCCAAUAAGACUGAUUGGAGGGAGAAGAGAGAGAAUGUAGUCGGCCGGGGAUCGAGAGCACGGACCAGCAAUGAGGAUGUGGAGUUUGCCACUGGCCUGAAAAUAGGAGCCGUUGACGCAGAAGAUGCUUUGCAGAGGAAGAAGGAGCACUACAGACAGGAGCUCCAGGAGCAGAUAGCGGAACAGCAUAGGAACAAGAAAAGGGAGAAAGAUUUGGAGCUGAAAGUUGCUGCAACAGGGGCAAAUGAUCCUGAGAAACGGCCGGACCGGAUCAGACAGUUCGGACUGUGCCGAAAAGAAACUCAUCAGGUGAUGGAGCCUUCGGGUAGAGCGGCGAGCGGGACCUCCUCCAGAGGCCUUCCUAGUCACGUGAGGGUGGGCUUCCGAGGCAGAGAGACUCCUCUUCCUCCUCUUGAGCCGCCCCACGUCGCCUUCCAGUCCCCUCUGCUGGAGUACAGCUCCGCUCUGAGCCUGUCGCCCAACAGCCAGCCUGCUGCGCCCUCCUUCCCCAGAGCCACGGACACUCCCAGAAUCCCCUCGUUUCCUGCUCCCCUUCCUUCAGCCCUCGGUGAGGCCUACAGGAGUCCGUAUGGAGAGCCCCACUACAACUACACCAGAAACCUGCUGGACCCCAACAUGGCGUACUUGUCCUCCUACUGGAACAUACCGGCAGGGGGCGCUCCGCCCAGCCAGUUUGGAACCUAUAGCCCCCACAGCCAGCACAGUGGCAGCACCUUCCCUGAGCCUCCACCACACCUUAUCAGUGAGACUAGUGCUGUGGACGCACACGUCAGGGUUGUCCCAUCAGAUGGAUCCAGGUCGACCCGGGACAGAGUUCUGAGCUACAGGGAGGCUUUGAAACAACAGGAAGCUUCCAGCAGAGGGAACAGCGAGCUUUACAACAAGAUCCAGCAGCAACAGGAGCAGAAGCGCUUGGAGAGGGAGGACGAGGAGCGCUACGAGGCCCAGCUGGAGGCAGACAUGAAGAACCAUCAGCCGUGGGGUCGAGGUGGAGGGGGGGCCCCGCUGAGGGACUGCACGGGAAACCUGAUAGCUGACCUCCACCAGAUGCACAAACUGAAUGAGGAGGCGUACAUCAACCCGGAACAGUGGCAGAGGAGAGCCGCAGCGCCCCCCCGCCCAGAGCCCUCCAGCCCCAACCAGAGGGUCUCCAGCUCUGGGGAAGAGCGCAGCAGCCAUCACGCCCGCUACGGGUUCUCUAGUUCCGCUCAUGGCCAAACAGUACAGUUUGCCAGAGGCAGUGUGUUUUCCAACCAGCCCACCCAACAGAAGCUCCACGAGCAGGACAAGUACAAAGCCUACCUCAAACAGCAGAUUGAUGAGAAAAUGCUGAAAAAGGCAGAGGAGAGGGAAAGGACAAGACUGGAGGAGGAGAUAGAGGAGAAGAGGCUGGCCGAGCAGAGAGCUCGCAUCCAGAAGGAGUUUGAUGAGGAGCAAGAGAGGAAGAAACGGAAGGAAAUGGAGCAAAAGGCCAAGAAUGAAGAGCUGAUUGAACUGACGGAACGGAGGAAGAAGGAGAUGGAGAGGAAGAAGAAUGAAGCAGAGGAGAAGGAGAGGGCAGCAAUGAGGAGGCAGUAUGAGAGGGAGAGGCAGGCUCGGGUGGAGAAGGAGGUGUGCAGGGAGCCUUCCCCACCAAUCCCCACCCUGCAGAAGAGACAUGGCCCACACCAGUACACCCCCACCCCCCCAACUGUUGACAGCCAGCAUUCAACUGCCCCCCUGUCUGAGGGCUCUUUGUCGGGUCUCCAGUCCCCUCCGGUCCCGGCUCGUAGGAACCAGCUUCGGGCUGCAGGGGACCAGCGCGACGUGUUCAGCGAGCUGUCGGCGCUGCGUCGGCAUCUUCGCAGCGAAGAGAAGCGACUGGAAGGUCGUCUGCAGCAGGUCGACUGGGAGGAGUUGGACUCUCCUCUGAGUGACAGACAUCGGGAGCGUCCCCAGGUGGACGUGUUCGACAUGGCCCGGCUGCGGCUCCCGGCUCCGGUCCGCCGGCCAAACUCCAGAAACACGGAGCCCAGGAACCUGCUGCGGAUCCACGACUCCCUUCAGCUUAAACACUCAGACGGCGAGUCCAGACUGGGCUUCAGGGAGCUUCUGAAGCAGGAAGAAGUGGGUGUGGCCAGCAGGAGGAGGCGGGACAACUGGGAUCAGCAGUUCAGCAGCCGGGGCUCUCCAGUCCAGGACGAUUAUUGCGAUCAGUCCCCGCCACAGCAUAAUGAUUAUCUGAGGAGUGUGAUGGGGAGGUCUGCCAGAGAUUAUCUACUGGACUCAGAGAGCGCUUUCAUUGAUCCCCUUGGCGAGGCUUUACCAGCGCGGCACACCCCAGAAGCGGAUAAAGCCCCCCCGCUGUCAGCCAGGGAGAGGAGGCGGAUGUCCAAACGGCCACAGCACCCUCAGGAGCGAGACUUCCAGCCGGCCCUUCAGCCGACAGGACGACUACGCCGCCCUCGCAGGUGACGGACAGGAAGCGGAGCCCGGCGGCCAGAGGGGGAGUCCAGACGGAGCAGGACAUCUGAUAUAGAGCAUUCAUUUGUGUAUCUGUUUUUUGUGUUUUUGUUUCGUCAUGUUUUUAUUUUACUUCAUUAAUACAAAGUGUAUAGAAACUAAAUAAAUACAAGUAUUUUAAUCUUUUAAAUAUGUUUCAUUUAGAAGUAGUUGAUUUUAUGACACCAUAUGUUAAGGGGAGUCCUCAGGAAAUGGCUAACUCCCAUUUUCUCACCACUGGAUGGCGGUGGUGUAUUACACAGAACUGACUGAAGAACUAUAAUUUUCCUCUUUCCAACAAUAAACUUCAGGCCGUGAGAUAUUCAAACACA